AUGCCUUUGAACAAACUUCCCGGAUUGGCUCCCACCCGAGCCUCCACCCAAUUCUUCUUGUUCUCCGCUUUCGUCCGCGGCUUCUGGGACUGGAUCGGGAAAUCGGCCGCUCGUCGUCAACCUAGAUCGGAUGCCCGAUCUUCGACCCCGAACCCCUCUCCGGCCGCUCGGGUUGUUCCCGCUUCUCCCCCCGCAGCUACUGCGUUGGCUCAAGCACUGUUGCGUUCGCCUUCUCCAGACGUUCCGGAGCCUCGUUAUCUUUCGUACCCAUCCACUCCGGUCGCGGCUGUCCCCGUAGUCGAAAUUCAAGAUAAUGGCGGCGUAGAAGACGUGGAGGUAUCGCCGACAGGGGAGACACACAGCGAGACUGGCUCUGUUAGUCCGCCUCCGGAGUCCACUGCGCUUUCGGAUCGCCAUUCGUCCGAUAGCGAAAACAGCAUCACCCUUCCGGCACGCCAAGUGGCUAACAGAGUUUUCUCUUCCGUUGACUUCGACAAUCUUCCGCCACUCCAGCAACCACGGGAUCGGUGGAUUCCCAACUAUCUGGCGCCCUCCCGACGGGUAGCUUCCGAGAUCGCUCCAUGGUCCGUUUCGCGGAUCGCGAUGGUUUGCGUGAGGACCAUGACCAUUGAGCUGUUGUUUCACCACUACUCCAAGCCCAGGAAUUUUCUGUUUCCCUUCUACAAUCAUGGACGAGCUCCGCCUACGGGGACUUGGGCUUCUGGGCUGAUCUCGCGGCAACACAUCGAGGCUCUUUACGCUACAGCCCCUUGGGAUAAUGUCAUAGUCCCAGUGAACCCGAUAUCGUUCACCAUGACUGGGUGGUAUCGUGAUAUGAGUCAUCGGUACCUGGAGCUUGAGUCCACUCAUCGACAAGCUCUGUGGGAAUCCACUCAUGCUUUCCCGAUUCCUCCGGCUCAACGGCGAUCUGAACGGUUCAUGCAGACAUUCUGGCGCCAACGAAAACAACGCCGUUCUCGCUUUGGAGCGCGUUGGAAGAACUUCUUGAAGAUGAUACUCAGCGGCAUGAUCGCUGGCCACUGCGAUCUCGACAUCUUGCUAGAUCCCUUCUUCCUCCACUAUCCGCGCCCACAUGAAGACCGAGUUUGGUAUCCAGGGUUAGGACACUCUAACGACCCAGCUGACUUGCUAGGGGCGUUGGACAUGGCAGACCAAGAGGAUCCUUGGCGCAACCAGUUCCGUAACGCCUAUUGGGAUCAUCCCGGAUCGCAGAUCCCUCGUCUGCAGGACAAGUUCAAACCUGCUCCAUCGUCUUAG